AUGGGACCAACUGAUGUAAUUAUCAAAGUAUGCUUUGUGGAUGGUAGUUAUAAAAGAAUGGUGGUUGAUGAAAAUGAUCCCACUCCAAAGGUAGUCCAAAUCAUUUUAGAAAAGAUAACAGCCCCAAAAGAAAAUGGAAUGCUCUUGUUUGUUGCAACAAAAGAAUCUUCAGGAGAGAAUUGUCGUGAACUAGCAGAUAACGAGUAUCCAGGAUCACUUUUUAAAAAGUGGGAAAACGAAAAAAUAGGAACCUGUAAAUUGGUAUUUAAAAAGAAAAAGGAUACGUUCAAGUCCAAGGACGACGAACUUGUAAAUAAUACACCAUCCAACAACCAAAAGCAAAGUAACACUACCUCAACAACCAAUAAUAAUAAUAAUAGUGAAAUGGUAUCAAAACAUAGUAAUCAACAAGGUCCACCUCAAAGACCCCCACCACUACCAGCUGGUGGAGGACCACCAUCAGGACCACCACCUCAACCUGCACAAUUACAACAACAACAACAGCAACCAGAACUACCACCAAGAAUGCCUGGUAUGGGAGCAGGUGGAGGAUUUGGAGGUAAUGCAUUGAUGGCUGAAUUGAGUGCCAAGAGAGCUGCUCAAACUCAGGUGCUCAGAUCAGUACCUAAAAAGGAACAAAGUCAACAGGUCAUCAUUCAAUGGAUCAACAAGAAAUUAGAGGAACAUCAAAAAGAAGAAAGAAUCGAAAACUUGGAAGCUGAUCUCAAGGAUGGUACAGUCCUUGCCAUUCUCUUGGAAAGUCUCUCUGGUUUCCCAAUCAAAGAUUUCAAUCGCAGUCCGUCGACCAAGAUUCAAAUCAUUGAAAAUCAUAAUAUCAUUCUUCGUUUCUUAAAAGUACUUGGUGUCAAUUUAGUUAAUAUUAAUGGUGAAGAUAUGUGGGAAACAAGACCAGAGACAAUGAUGAGAAUAUUGGGAAUUAUAAUUAAACAUUUUAUUGAAAAUGAUCCUGAAAAGACAAAGGCUAGAUUAUCAAUGAUUGUGCAAUCGCAACCCCAAUCUCAACAAGCAGGAGGAGGACAAUUUGUUCGUAAACCACCACCCAUGCGCAAACCUCCUCCAACAGUGGCACCACAUACUACAGCUGCCCCACCUCCAACAUCGGCAACUGUCGCUACGGCAGCUGAUCCACCAUCCGCAGCCGUUGCAAAACCAACCAUUCCAUUGAGAAAGGUUGCUCCACCUCAACCACAGCAAGGUUCGCACAAUGCCAAGCCAUCUGCAUUUGUACCAAAACCACCUCCAACAGCAUUAAAGAAAGCUGCUGCUGCUCCGAUCCCUGUGCCACCCCAACCAAAUCAACAACAGGCUGCAACUACUCCACCAGCCAGAUCACCCGUUCAAAAUGGUGCACAGCCUGUCAACAAGGCAGCCCCACCACCAUUGGCAAAGAGAGCCGCUGUGCCAACACCCAACCUAGUUGCCAAAAAGCCAGCUGCCAGCCCACCAGCACACGCUCAAUCCAUUUCUUCACCCCCACCUCCACAACCGUCGUCGUUCAAGGCCAAGCCAUCGUUGCCACCUCGUAACUUCCCUUCACCUUCACAGGCUCCAAUGACACCGGCUGCUCCAGCUGCGGUAGAUGUCAGUCACAGUCUACCACCUCCACCUCCACUUGUCGGCGAUGUCGAUGAGUAUGCCCAGACAUCAUUCUCCAAGCUGCCCCUUCCACCUCCAGCCAUCGACGAAUACGACACCAAUGUGCCUGCCAACCUUCCACCUCCACCACCACCUCUUCCCAGCUCUCUCCCACCUUCACUUUCGAUUUCAGAGAAUGAAUAUCAAACUGCCAUCCAAAAUGACCAUAACAUCAACGCCAACACAACAACUAUUAACAAUAGUUAUGAUGACUUACCACCACCACUACCAUCAACAUUGUCUUCGUCAACAUCGUCAUUGGCCAAAUCACCUCCACCUGCUGUUGUGCCAAGAAAGACAAGUGGUGGAAGACAACUCCCUCAGAUUCCACCCGCCACGGCACCACUCCAAAAGAACCCUGUAAAUACAUCCAACGGUGCUGUGCCACCCCCACCACCACCACAAGCGUCCAAACUUGCCGCUACUCCACCUCCACCUCCACCUCCAAGAUCAUAUACUGUACAAAUCGAAACAGAACAUUUACAAGAAGAAGAACAAGAAGAACAAGAACAAACAUAUAAUGAAGAAGAACAAAAUUAUUAUGAAGAACAACAAUAUGAACAAGACCAACAACAACAAUAUUAUGAACAACAACCAGCAGAAGAACAACAAUAUUAUGAACAACAACCAGAAGAAAAACAACAAGUAUAUGUACAAGAAGAACAAACUGAACACCAACAAUAUUAUGAACAACCAGAGGAAAUUCAAGAGGAUAAUUAUCAACAAGAACAACAACAAGAACCAAUUAAAAUUGAUGGAGAAACAUUUACAUUUGAAGAUUUGGAAUCGAUUAUCAAUAGUAAUAUUCUUAGUUUUGAUGAUUUACUCAAGGAGAAUAAUAUGACCAGUCCAACACUCAACGGUGCAGACAACAAAUCAUACGAUAUGAGUGUAUCCAUAUCAAGUGACUCUAACAAUCUAAAUAGUAGUUCAGAAAUGAACUGUGGAUCAGGUUUGGGUGAUGAUUUGGAUGAUCUACUUGAAAGAUUGGCAAGAGGUGAGGUUUAA